CAACAACUCAAAUAUGUGCUUUCUCGACUUGGUAAUGCACCUAACCUACGAUUUGGUUAACGAGGAUUACUUUAGUGGACCAGAAUUACUUUAGCCCAAUUAAGAAUUUAGUACUUACAACAACAAAAACAACACCAACUCAAAUAUGAACUUCUCAGGUAUGGUAAUGAACCUAACCUCCGACUUGGCCAAAGACCAGUUAAUCGACAAUAACUACAACAAUAAUAGCUACAACAACAGCAGCAACAACGAAACUGCAAUCAACCACCAAUAUACCUACUCCCUUACAACCAAUCAUAAUCACAGCAACAAUAACUAUCAGAUAAUCAACAAAAUGUUGGAAAUACAAAAUACCACCGCCGCCGCAUUACUAAAUGCCACAAUCACGAAUCACAGCAUCCACAAUCCGGAAUUCGAGCAAUUUGAGGAAAUGGAUGAAUUAUCGCCAGAAUUGCGUAAUUUCGUGCGCAUUGUUGUACCCUUCUGCUUUGGCAUCUUCGCGCUAACCGGCUUCUUUGGCAACACGCUCGUCAUACUCGUCGUGAUCUUCAAUCAGCAAAUGCAUUCCACCACCAAUCUACUGAUCGUCAAUUUAGCUGUCGCCGAUUUGCUUUUCGUCGUCUUCUGCAUACCUUUCACCGCAACCGACUACAUAACCGAGUACUGGCCCUUUGGCAAUGUAUGGUGCCGAUCGGUGCAAUAUCUGAUCGUAGUUACCGCUUUUGCGAGCAUCUAUACGCUGGUGCUGAUGUCGGUUGAUCGGUUUUUGGCGGUGGUACAUCCAAUACGCUCGCGCCAAUUGCGUACCGAGAAAGUGACGAAAAUUGCGAUUGCCACAUUGUGGGUGAUUAUUUUGACGAUAUCGCUGCCGGUGGCGCUGGUGCAUGGUUUGACGGAAUUGGAGGCAUAUCCAAAUGUUACCUAUGUGUUUUGCACAUUUUCGGAGACUAAUGUACUCGUCACCCAAACCAGCUAUCAAAUCAUUUUCUUCGCGUUCUCCUACCUGCUGCCAUUGAUGGCAAUCAGUGGCCUGUAUGUGCGCAUGAUUAUGCGGCUGUGGCAUCAGGGUAGCGGCGUUCAAAUGUCUGUGAAAUCGCAACGUGGCCGCAAACGUGUCACACGUCUGGUUGUGGUUGUUGUCGUGGCAUUCGCCUCGCUAUGGCUGCCAGUACAGCUGAUUCUACUACUGAAAGCACUCGACAUCUAUCACUCGAAUACGAAAAUCAAACUUUUGCUGCAAGUCAUGGCCCAAACACUGGCCUACAUGAGCUCCUGCAUAAAUCCGGUGUUGUACGCCUUCCUCUCGGAUAAUUUUCGCAAGGCCUUCUAUAAGGCCGUUCAUUGCAAGGAGAGAUAUCAGAAUUACUCAUCAGAUUUGCCACCUCCAAGGCGUACAUCCUGUGGCCGCACAUCGACCACAGGCUUGUGAGCUACCGACAACAAUAAGCGCUGCUGGUCAACGGACUGCGAAUAGGGGCGAGAAAUAUGCGAAGAGCUGAUAGGAGGAACGACAGUGCGUAUAAGUAACAAACCAAGUUCAUGAACAGAGAGAGACAGAGCGGCAGCUUAAAGGUAGUGGAAGUUAAAUUCAGCCAGCCUCCUAAUGGCAAGUGUUAUGAUAAAUUAUGCCGCUUAACGCAGUUACGCUCCGCUCAUGAUGCUGUUUGCUGU